GGAGCUCUUCAUCUUCACUGGUCUCAGAGUUCAGAGACCAGUGAAGCAUCUCUCAGCAUCUAUCAGCAUCUCUCUUAUGUAUUUGUCAGCAUUAUUUAUGAUACUGAGACUGCUUCUUUUUACCUGCUGAUCUUGAAUGCCCCUUUUCCUCUUAUUACUAGAGACUCAGACACCAUUUAGGCCCCAGUAGGAUAUAUAAAAGUUUAAUUUUAGCAGAAGUUAAGUCUAAAACCAAGUCUGUGUUGCUCUUUACUAACAUUCCAUCUACUGCAGCACAGUUCAGUUUCUGUGGUUUCCCAUAAUGCCUUUGUUGUAACUUAUUCAGUCAUGUGACCAGUGUGUCACCAUGCACCAGGGGAUUUUAUGACUCUGCAUGUGAGUCAUGCUCUAAGCUCAUUACAUGAAGGCCGGCCACACACUAGACCAUUUUAAAACAGAUAUGAGGACAAUUUCAGGAGAAUUUCAUCUUUGAUCCUCUGAACAAACACACUAGACGACCGAGCCAGACUACAGAUCACUGGAGACCACACACCUGACGACCUGCCAACGACCUCUGUGAUCACAUGACUUCAGAAAAAACAAAAGCAAACAAACAUGGAUGUCUGUCGAUACCGUCUUGCUGUCCUUCCAUAACAGGCUGUCCCGGCAUGAGUUACAGAUUUGUGUAAAGUUGAAUACGAUGGACACUGACCCUAAAGCCACGUCUGAGCGAAUCCUCCUGGAACCCUACAAGUACCUGUUACAGCUUCCAGGGAAGCAGGUGAGGACCAAACUAUCACAGGCUUUUAACCACUGGCUCAAUGUUCCUGAGGACAAACUGCAGGUGAUCAUCGAGGUGACGGAGAUGCUGCACAACGCCAGCCUGCUCAUCGACGACAUCGAGGACAGCUCCAAGCUGAGGCGGGGCUUUCCCGUGGCUCACAGCAUCUACGGCGUUCCCUCCGUCAUCAACUCGGCUAACUACGUCUACUUCCUGGGUCUGGAGAAGGUCCUGACCCUGGAGCACCCCGAGGCCGUACGGGUGUUCACCCGGCAGCUGCUGGAGCUCCACCGGGGUCAGGGUCUGGACAUCCACUGGAGGGACACGUACACGUGUCCCACAGAGCAGGAGUACAGAAACAUGGUGCUGCAGAAAACCGGCGGGCUGUUCGGCCUCGCCGUGGGUCUCAUGCAGCUCUUCUCAGACUGGAAGCAGGACCUGAAGCCGCUCCUGGACACGCUGGGUCUGUUCUUUCAGAUCCGAGAUGACUACGCCAAUCUGAGCUCUCGAGAGUACAGCGAGAACAAGAGCUUCUGUGAGGACCUGACCGAGGGGAAGUUCUCUUUCCUCCUCAUUCACGCAAUCUGGUCCCGUCCGGAGAGCACGCAGGUGCAGAAUAUCCUGAGGCAGCGCACGGAGAACAUGGACAUCAAACGCUACUGCGUGGACUACCUGGAGAAGGUGGGCUCCUUCGCUUACACCCGGCAGACUCUGCGGGACCUGGAGAUGGAGGCUUACCGCCUCAUCAAGGAGUUUGGAGGAAACCCGCAGCUGGAGAGUCUCGUCAAACAUCUGAGUGAGAUGCAUCACGAGGCUGAAGCUACGGCGGGAACCGCGGCGCCGCCAUCCAGCCAGGAUCACUGAAAUAUAAGCGCUUCAUGUUUUCAUCAAACCGUGGGAAACAAACACACCGGGGGGGGGGGGUAUGUCAGGACAGGCAGGAGGGUCGCCACAGGAUGAAAACAAUCAUUACAACAGCAGUAAAUAAAUCUAGAACUGUUUUCACACUGACAGGAAUCCUAGAGCCAGGGUUAACGUACGCACGCCAUCGAGACUGAACAACAACACGGUCAACGUUUCAGAGCACAGCUGGGACCGUCGGUCCUUCUUCCUGCCUGAUGGCGCUCUGAGGCCGCCUUAUUCAUAUUUAUUAUGCUCUAAAGUUCAUCCCAGUGUUAGAUCAGCACUAACUCGUCCCUCCCCCUGUGCUGGAACAUCUUAAAGACUUCAUGGGUUGGUGUUGGAGGUUUUAGACACUUUCUUCCUAAAGUGGUGAUAAAUAUGAAGUGGAAGGAGAGUGAGUUUCCCCUCUGCGGUGGUUGUGACGCUCCGUCUCUAACACUGAAGCCUUCUGAUCCUCGCUGCAGACAAACAUUCCCUGAGGUUCACCACUCCUAUCGAUACGUCUGAUUUCAGAGUCAGUGAUGAAGCUGCAGAGAAGAUUUCUGGUCACUGCAUGGACAAGUUUCAGCUGCUGCCUCUUUUUUUGUGUGCUAGAUAAAAUCCUUAAAGUGUUGCUUAACAAAGAGCACAUCAGCGUUUCUCUCCCUGCUGUUUCUGAGCAGAAAGAAAUCAAUUAAAGUAGAAACGGAUUCUGAGAGCUGGAACGCCUUCCUUCUGAUGUGCACUUCACUGCACAGAAAUGUAUUUUUGAUAUUUUGGUCACAGAUGAAAAUAGUUUAUGUGGAGCAGAGAGAAUGCUGGGUGUUUUUGUUUAAAAAACAUGGAUGUUUGGAUGGUUCAUCAUUAAACCGCUGGAGUGCCAAUCCUGGAGAUAAAACCUCUGCUAGUCAGUUGACUUGUUAUGUAACGCGCUGGAAUUAUAUGCAAAGUAGCUUCAUGCUGUUUGUGAGUCCUCUGACAACAUGUUGGUUUAAUUCACUCUUUAACAUUCAACUCUUCACUCCUCUAGAUUUUAUUACUGCACUUGUAAUAUUUGUAAGUCCACUCUGAACUUGUAUUUAAUAAAAACAUUCAAAGAGAA